AUUGCUCGAUUAUUUUGCGAUUCUACCGUAAUAUCAAGCAGGAAAUUAGUCCAUUCACUUUUUGGUACAUACGUUGGCUAGUUUAAGUUAUAAUUUUGCAAAAUUUCUACACAAAAAGCCUAAAAAUUUCAGUUAUUGUCGUCGGUAGCAGCUUACAUUAGCUUUUUGAAUACAGUCUACUUGCUGAAGGGUCAACAGACAACCGCCAACAGGGAAUAUUUCAGCAAUCCAACACCAACAACAUUCUAUUCUAAAUCAAGCUCAGACAUUUAACUGGACAGAUUGACAAAUGACAGGGUCGGAGUCGGAGCCCAAAUGGCGGCGCAAUGGCAAUAUGGUAUAAUUCCAUACCUGAUGGCUGAGGUGGAUCUACCUUCAAAGUGAGUGUUGAACUGGACAAUAUUUUUAGUUUUAUACUAGUGGUGACUGGUGUUGUCAGCUUCAGUCAUACUCAUGUCUGGUGUAAUUAAGUUGCCCACUGCUUCAAUGACUGAGUCAGCCACUGGCAAUGCACCACCAGCCACUGUGCAACCAAAGACAGACACUGCGUUGCUGGCUGGUCCAUCCAGACAGUCUGCAUCACCAACAUCAGUCUCUACAUCAUCUGAGUCAUCCAUACAGCACGCCCAAACAGUCGCCACUCCACCAUCUGUGUCAUCUGAGAAGGGGGCGCGGUCAUUCCUGACGUCUGCUGCCGAACUGGUGCCACCACUGGCAGCCGGCUCGUCUGCACCAGCGCCGCCCCCACUGCAGAACGAGUCCGUCCGUCUGUGGGUGGGCAACAUCCAGCCGCACGUGGCCGAGUGCCAGCUGCUGCGGCUGGCGCAGCCGGUCGGCACCAUCACCAAGUUCGACUUCAUGCUGAACGGCGCCGGGCCGCAGGCGGGUCGGCCGCGCGGCUACGCGUUCAUCUCGUACAGCACGCACCGCGAGGCGGACCUGGGCCGGCGGCGGCUGAACGGCGCCCGGCUGGGCGGCGUGCCGCUCGUCUGCCGCUGGGCCAACGAGCAGGUGCUGCCCGGAGACGCGCCCAUGAAGAGGGAGGAGCCGGCCGCGGUGGCGGCGCCCGCACCGGCCCCGGCGCGGACCAAGCUGAGCGCGGAGGCGCAGAUCCGGGCCAUCGAGGCCAAACUACAGCACAUGAGUGGUGACACACGCGAGGAUCGGUUUGCUGUGAAGGCGGACUCUGAGAGGACUGAUGUUCGCCGGCUGCCUCGGGUGCGGGGCCCGCUCAGCAGAGUGAACGCUCCAUCCAAACAGGCCGCCGCGCAGCAGAACAAACCAUACGCGCGGAGACGGUUUUAGUGCUGGGAGCGAACUGCAUUGGUCCCCGGGGACCCGAGGGAGUGCUGCAAAAAGUUCAGAUACCUGAGUCUAAGUCAUUGCAUCGAGUGUUUGUGUCCAUAAUCAUCGUGUCCUAUAGAAUGUGGCCUAAAACUCAAACUUAUGAGGUAUGAUAUCUCACCAAGUUUUCCAUAACUCAAUACAUGUCGUCUUUCGUUU